CUAGCGCUACUCCCCGCGUGUGUACGGACGUGCAGACGAGACCAGAAAGAAUGUGAGUAACUCUAUUACGGGCAGUCGUCAUCAUCUACUUAUGAAUGAGCUGAUGUUGUUUUGGUUAGUUGACACACACAAAAAAAAGGACGGAUUUUUUUUCCCUUCGUUUUUUCAUGCUUCGUUGAUCUACUAAAUAUCAUGCAUCCUGUUUGAAUUUGAAAUGCAGAUAAUGAGACAGAGGAUCUAAAGGUACUCUAUUUUGGAAACGGGGGAGAUAUUGUUAUCGCGUGUUGCGUUGGACAGUUGGAUGUGCCUGAGGACGACAGAGACAUUGGAUGUCUAAGACUUGGAUAUUGAACACAAACGAAACCAAACACAGGAGCUGUUUGUUGGCGCAGGUCUUCAAGUGACGCCAGCUUCUACCAAUGGGGCGUAAAUGAAGGCCUCCAAAGUCUAGUCGUAUCUAUGUUCAAAACUAAAAAAAACAUAAUGAUGCUUCAGUGGUUAUAACACCUGCUACCAAAAGUUCUUCCUGCCUUUGAACCGAAAGUAAAAACUCCGGAGAUACGAUUCCCAGCUCAUCCCUACUUCCAUCAAUCAACAUAUGAUAACAGUGCAAGCUAUAAAGUCGACGAGAGUGACCUCCUUGGCAUUGUCCUAUCCUGACCUUGGAUAAUUAUGAAUUCCUUUCUUAGAAGACGUUCAUGAGACGGAACCCACCAUGGAACAUAAUCAAAGUUUGAACGGGACAAUUUCCCAGGAGGCCAUUGAAAACUGCUCGACCUUGACAUUGAUUGUCAGCAACGCAACCAAGCAGGGUUUGAGAGACUUCAACGCUAGAUAUGGCGAGCUGCACGGCUACAUAGCUGUGUCUGUUUGCUUGUUUGGCGUUCUGUCCAACAUUGCGAACAUUAUUGUCCUGACGAGAAAAAACAUGGCGUCUAGCACUAACACCAUUCUCUUGUGGCUGGCUGUCUGCGAUCUGUUCAAGAUGCUCGACUAUCUCCUUUUCGCCACGCAUUUCUACGUGAUGGCCCCUAACGACCCCAACAGGCCGGGUUUUGGUUCAACAGAUUUCUCUUGGAUCUGUUUUUUACUUUUCCACGCCAGCUUCAGUAUUGUCUGCCACGCCAUUUCAAUCUGGCUGACCAUCGCCUUGGCAAUCUUUCGUUAUAUCUACAUCUGCAAGCCGACCAGCGGAGUUUACUACUGCAGCCAAGAGAGAGCUCGCUUUGUGGUUUUAAUCGUGGCGAUACUCAGCAUUGUGAUUUGCGUACCGAACUAUGCCGUAAACACUUAUGAUGUGUCCCGAACUCCAAAAAACGUCACUUCCGUGUUGGGCUCGGAAGACAACGUCACCACAUACUUUUACCCUCGGCCUCGAAACGACAACACUAUCGAGAAGAUCGUACUGCAGGUCAACAACUGGCUGCAGGCCAUCCUCAUCAAACUUUUACCUUGCUUUAUGCUGACCACCUUGACCCUACUCUUGGUGCACGCCAUGCACAAAGCAUACAGAAAGAGGCUGAAACUCAAAUCUCAAGGGAGAAAAGCUGAGUCGGACAAGAAUGGCGAACACAACCGAAUAACUCGUAUGCUUCUUGCUGUGGUCAUUCUCUUCACUCUGACCGAGCUCCCACAAGGUAUUUUAACUCUUAUGAACAUUUUCGUGCAGUGCUUCACAGAGGCCGUCUACGAUAAGCUAGGCGACUUGCUGGACAUCAUGGCGCUCACUAACAAUUCAGUCAAUUUUAUUCUUUACUGCACCAUGAGCACGCAGUUCAGGACCACGUUCGCCACCAUUUUCUGCCCACAGCGUCCAGCGCCGACCGCCAGGUGGCUCAAACUAAGAAUAGUGAAGAGCCAGCAGGUAGAUGCAGAGUUCCUUGAAGACACGGACAGGGCGAAGGGCUCGACAGGCAACAAUAAUGGGCACAUCGGGUCCAAGUGCGCGUCCACAGCAAGCGAAGACAUUGCCCACUCUUCCCAGAUGCCGACUCAGUGUGAGGGAAGAAGCAUUGAAAAGUUACCGAUACUCGUGGAAUGUAACAACGGAAACGCAAGCCACACACACGGCUACUACCCAGAUCAUAGUCAUGUGUGAUUGAUGGCCACCUCAGCCCGGCAUAAACCUUUUUUGUUCAACUCCAUCUGUACAUAUGUGCGACAUAAGAAUUCCAUCUAAAGUACUAAUGUACCCAUUCGUGUCACAUUGUGGGAAAUUCAAACAAAACAUUUUGUUCCCAAUGUCAUCCUAGUUUUUGUUAUUUUAUGUCAUAGUAAGGAUACAAACUCAAUGUUUCUUUAGUCAGUGGAUAGAUUGGUUUUUGUUUAUGCCAUUAUAUACAUAAUUAUCCCCCCCCCCCACACUUGUUUGAUACAAAAAAAAAGACUCAAUGCGGCCUUAGUUAUUGACCAAACAACCCAGCUGUGUGUGCUGUUCCAUUAGCAUCUCUCCCCCAAACUAUUCAUAGCUCAUUGUACGUGUAUGUUUACACUCAGGCCAGUAGCAAGGGAAACCUGUUAGUAUGUUUUACCUGAUCCUCCAAAUCGUUGCGAGUUCCAUUUCGGUUUCCAGUCUGUGAAACAUCAGCUUCAUUGUGCUAAGUACGCAUACAGUAACUCAUACACAUGGACAGUGUCUCAUAUUGACAGUAAAUCAUAUAUAGUGACAGUGUCUCGCUGGGUAAGCUCAUUCAUGUGAAUCGGUUUAAAUAAUCUGCUGCUACCAGCUGACUUUAUUUCGAAGGACGUUAUCCUGAUUGUGAUCCAGUAAUGAAUAGACUUAAUGAAUAAUUUUAAUUAAUUUUCUAAUAAUACUUUAAUUGAAUUAAGAUCGACGGAAACAUUUAACACAUUUUUGUUUUAUAAAAUUUGCUUUAAAAAUCAACAAAUGGUUUUCAUUGAAGACAAAAACGAAGAAAUUAAUUUGAUAAAUUAUGUAGAAUGUAUUAUUGAUAAGUCUUGUAGAAUUAUGUCGAUAUCAUUGAUAAGUCUUGCAGAAUGUAUUGCUACAUCCUUGAUAAGUAUUGCAGAAUGUAUUGGUACAUCACAUUGAUAAGUCUUGCUGAAUGUAUUGCUACAUCACAUUGAUAAGUCUUGCAGAAUGUAUAGCUACAUCACAUUGAUAAGUCUUGCAGAGUGUAUUGCUACAUCACAUAAUAAGUCUUGCAGAAUGUAUUGGUACAUCACAUUGAUAAGUCUUGCAGAAUGUAUUGCUACAUCACAUUGAUAAGUCUUGCAGAAUGUAUUGCUACAUCACAUUGAUAAGCCUUGCAGAAUGUAUAGCUACAUCACAUUGAUAAGUCUUGCAGAAUGUAUUGCUACAUCACAUUGAAAAGUCCUGCAGAAUGUAUAGCUACAUCACAUUGAUAAGUCUUGCAGAAUGUAUUGGUACAUCAUUGAUAAGUCUUGCAGAAUGUAUAGCUACAUCACAUUGAUAAGUCUUGCAGAAUGUAUUGCUACAUCACAUUGAAAAGUCCUGCAGAAUGUAUAGCUACAUCACAUUGAUAAGUCUUGCAGAAUGUAUUGGUACAUCACAUUGAUAAGUCUUGCAGAAUGUAUUGCUACAUCACAUUGAUAAGCCUUGCAGAAUGUAUAGCUACAUCACAUUGAUAAGUCUUGCAGAAUGUAUUGCUACAUCACAUUGAAAAGUCCUGCAGAAUGUAUAGCUACAUCACAUUGAUAAGUCUUGCAGAAUGUAUUGGUACAUCAUUGAUAAGUCUUGCAGAAUGUAUUGCUACAUCACAUUGAUAAGUCUUGCAGAAUGUAUAGCUACAUCACAUUGAUAAGUCUUGCAGAAUGUAUUGCUACAUCACAUUGAAAAGUCCUGCAGAAUGUAUAGCUACAUCACAUUGAUAAGUCUUGCAGAAUGUAUUGGUACAUCAUUGAUAAGUCUUGCAGAAUGUAUUGGUACAUCACAUUGAUAAGUCUUGCAGAAUCUAUAACGAUCGAAUGUAUAUAAGAUUCUAUGACUAUGACUAUGUUUGGAAUGAAAGGUUAUCAGAUGUAAGCCUAUAUGAGAUGUAAGCCUAUAUGAGAUGUAAGCCUAUAUGAGAUGUAAGCCUAUAUGAGAUGUAAGCCUAUAUGAGAUGUAAGCCUAUAUGAGAUGU